UGUGUUUGUGCAUAAAGCGUUCACUCAAACGAGCCGGUUCAAAGAGUCGACUCGGUCACAGUAUCACGUGCAGCCUACUAGCCUGACACUACAUUACCCACUGAGCUCGCAACAAGUUACGUCACGUUUCCAACCACGUCCGUAAUUCCUCUCGAGUGUUUACGGUGCAGUGUAGAGCAGAGACAUGGCAGAAGCGGAGGGUCCGGAUCCGGACGGGGAUCCGGUGACUCCGGCCGCGCGCGUGGCUCGCGCUCCCCAUGUGUCGUUUCUGGAGGCGGCGCAGCCCGCAGUCGGUGUAGUUGGCCAUCUACUGGGUCAACAACCGUCUCUAAAGUUUGACAAGAACAUCAAACAGGCCUUCUACAACACGGGCGCCAUGAUUUUUGUGGCGAUCUGCUGCGGCGCCGCGGUGCUUGUGUACUUCAUCCUCGAGGCUUUCUUGCGGCCGCUGCUCUGGGCCGUGCUGUGCGGGACGUUUCUGCACCCGUUCAAGCACUCUCUAGCGCGCGUGGGGCGCUCGUGGCUCAGCGGACUCCGUGCAAGCGGCACGCCCAUCGUGCUGGGGACAUUGCUCGUGCCGGUCCGCUGUGUGAACCAUGGUGUAGAGACUCUGGGCGCUCUGCUGCUCGAGCGCCUCAAGAUGCUGCUCGUGAUCGGUGCCGGUGCUCCGCUUCUCUACUUCUUUUACCUGUUCUGGAGCGUCAUCGGUAUGCAAGCUGUGCUCGAGCACCUGUGUGACAUCAUAUGCCACGUGCUCGACUGCUUUAACGCCUUGUGGGUUGGAACGUUAGUGGUGGGAUACGUGCUGGCUGUGGCGUUUAAAUGGACCCCAGGUAUGGAGGGUUACCUGCGUGCCAUGUCUGUGCCUGUGUGGACGGUUCUUAUAUUCUACCUGGUAUCUCUGACGGGAUCCUGGAGAGUCCCCAUGUUUGUGCUGGUGGUCAUUCUGCUGAUUGUUGGCUCUCAGGAGAAAGCACCGGUACCUGGAAAAGGUGAACUGCCAGGACAGGUCCUUUCCUUUGCUGCUAACACUAUCUACAUGGCCAUUACCUGUAGUAACCACCGGCCUGUGGCUGAGAAUGAUAAAGAGAGCGACAGCGCAACACCAUCCAGAGACGACUCCAAAAUGAGUGACGUGUUCACCAUGCCGUUGCGGCCCCGCCCCGAUUUCCAGAGUCUUGCGCACAAGGAGAAAGCCAGUGAUAUCUAUUUUGUCCUGCUGGUGUGGGCCAUCGUGCUGGUGCAGAUCUGGCUCAACCUCUGGAUCCUGCAGCUGUUGCCCAUCCCCUUUGCUGUUUGGGUAAUAAAGAGGUUGGUGGUGCAUUUUGGGGUGAAGAAUUUCGCAGAGCGGACAUUAGCAGCAUGGUGGGUGGUGCUGGAGAGGUUCAUUAGAGACAGAAAGGAUGCUCUGCUGCCUGGACCAAUCAAAGGACUCACACAGUUUCUACUGCGGGUUGAUACCAAGCUCUGGCAUUGGCUUAACAAGCAGAUGAUCAUAUGGUUGGAGAAAUCUCUGGAUAAACUUAUCAGCAUCUUCAUCAUCUUCCUCCUGGUCACAGGGACACUCCUCAUGGCACUCUUGCUCACUGCUAUGGUGCAUCAUGAGAGCGCUCAUAUCAUCGAGGUCACCAGUAACCUGAUCAAUGAGACUCUUGUCAACCACCCUGAGUGGGCCAACUGGCUUCCCGAGGCUCGUGUCGUUCAGAAAGCUCUCAACUCUGCAGCCACAAAUGUGUACCAGCACGGGAGAGAGUGGAUAACGCAAAAGCUCCACAAGAUGCUUGGCGAGAAAGUGAACAACACAGCAGUGAUCGAGAAGCAGGUUCUGGAGCUGUGGGACCGACUUUACCACUCAUGGUUUGUCAAGAACGUAACAUACAGUGGACGCCACCGUGGCCAAAAGCAACAUCUGCACAGGCAGAACAGCUGGCUGGGAGAUAUACUGGACUGGCAGGAUAUUGCCUCCUUCCUGCAAGACAACAUUGAAACACUGCUUUCGAUUGUUGAGUCUCUGUGGGUCGUGAUGAGCCGGAAUGUCGGUUUGCUGAUCUCCACAACAACCACGCUGCUCACUGUACUGUUCCACAGCGGCACGGCAUUGCUCAACUUUGUUCUCUCACUGGUGAUUUUCCUGACCACACUGUUCUACUUACUGAGCUCCAGUGGUGAGUACUACAAGCCUGUUAAAUGGGUGAUCAGUCUCACACCCCUGUCCCAGCCUGGACCUUCAUCCAACAUCAUCGGCCAGUCUGUGGAGGAGGCCAUUAGAGGUGUGUUUGAUGCGUCACUAAAGAUGGCAGGAUUUUAUGGCCUCUACACGUGGCUCACACACACCAUCUUUGGCAUCAACAUUGUCUUCAUCCCCUCAGCGCUGGCAGCCAUCCUUGGUGCCGUGCCGUUUUUGGGUACGUAUUGGGCAGCGUUACCUGCUGUGCUUGACCUGUGGCUGGCACAAGGUGAAGGUGUUAAAGCUCUGCUGCUGCUCCUCGCACAUCUGCUGCCGACCUACUUCGUCGAUACAGCCAUUUACUCCGACAUAUCAGGUGGGGGUCACCCUUAUCUGACAGGCCUAGCUGUGGCUGGUGGUGCGUACUAUUUGGGUUUAGAAGGAGCCAUCAUAGGCCCGAUCCUUCUCUGCAUACUGGUUGUAGCUUCCAACAUCUACAGUGCCAUGCUGAUGAGCCCAAGCAGCAGCCAGCCUACACCAGUGCAGAGCAACUUCCCUCAACACCUGGGCAGGCCGUUCCUGGACUCUCCUCUGCUGCUGAAAAGAUUGACAGAGUAAAAGAAACCCGAGCUGCUUUCCCAGCCGCUCUGCUGCUACUCGGCCAUCAGUCCUCCCGCGAGCCCGAGUCUGGAACUUUCUCCCAAAGGGGGAUAGAAGUCUCGUUCACUGAAACUGAACCCUUAGGGCUGCUGAGCUCAGGGUCAGCUCAGGAUCAGUGUUAUAAAAUGCUAUUGAACUCUCACAACAGCAGAUCAUCACGCUCAGCGAUAACGCUCAGCUUGCUAAGAGUGCAAUAUUAUUUAAAGCACUAACACCGGAGCGCAAAGUUCAGUUAGCAGGAUUGUGUCUCGUCUAGCAUAGUGGCUACAAACACAACUAGCACUCGAUGACUGUUAAUUGUUUACACACUUUACAGCGCUUCGACUGUAAGACUCACGACUGCUGCGUGUUUAUUAUUAUAGAUGCAGUUAUUCAUUUCGUUCAUGAUGAUCGAAAUAUUUAAAUAAUAUAAUGUGACAUUUAAUGUGUGGGAUUGCUAUUUUCUGAUUAUUAUUUAAAUGUUAAAAAUCGAUCUUGUUUUUUUUUGGGUCACUCAGAACUCCAUAAUCACUAUUCCUGUGUGUUUGUGUAUGUGGUGCCAUGUGUUUAUAUCAUAGUGAGGACCAAAUCCCCACAGUGAUAGAAACAUCUGGCAGUUUUGACCUUUUAUGGGUAAAUUUGGCUAGUUCUCACAAGAAAUACUGCUUUGUUUUUUUAAAUGACAGCAUCAAUUUUCAAAAGGAAAAAAAAAAACAAAACUAAAAGAUGAAAACCAAAGUUUCCUUUUGGUUACUGAACAGAAGUUAGUGUUAACUUAGCCUUAGUUAGAUCAAUGGAUGGUCCUCAUAUGUAUAUUUGCUCUGUGUGUAUGUGUGUGUGUGUUAUUGAGCACACACAGACACACACACACACCCCUUUGCUUCAUCUUCCCUGAUUCAGUCUCGACGGUCACAAAACCGUGUGCGUCUGGAAUACAAAAUCAUCGAUUCUUUUUUUUUUCUUUCUCCGUCCCAUACAUCAGAGUGCAAUUUUUUUCCUGAGUCAUCGCUGGAACUCAUUUUGAUUGACGUGCGUGCUUUUUCCUGCACUGCUUAUUAUUAGCUAAGCUCCUUCUCCUAGCUCUGAGCAGCAGCGUCAUUACUCACAGGUGAAGUUUGCUGAUGGUUUAGCGAGUGAAGGAGUGGAGAAUAAACUUAAUGUUGGACUUUUUGAUGAGUGUUGAGAGAAACCGCGAGGGGAGAAAAUGCAGAGAGACCAAAGACGGCUCUACGUUCAUGCGCACAUGCUGUAGGUGGAUGUUUUCAACUGUAGAGUUCAUGAUAUCUUGAUGGAUAUGUAGCACUAACGGAUUACCUGCUAGUUUUAUUCUCUACUAAUUGAUUUUAUAGUAGGAUAUUUUUCAGUCACUCAGGAGGUGAUGGAAUAUGCUUUGAUGAAUUCUACACAAAAUGAAAGUUUGUGGGUUUUUUGUUUGUAUUACAAAGACUAAGUUAUUGAUUUAGGAUUUAUUUAACUGCCUGGAUUGUGUGUUUUUUUUAAGAAAGAUUUCUUUUUUUUCAAAUGGUGUCUAGCCAUGAAUCUUUUUAUUUUAUUUUAUUUUAUUUUUUUACUUUAUUAUACUACACUAUUAAAACUAUUUCAAAAAUG